CGCCGGAGCGGUCGGGCCGGGCGGCUGUGUUGAGGAGGCGGUGUGGGCGUGAGCGGCGCGCGGCCUUGAGCCGGGAUGGGCAGGCGGCCGGGAUAGAACCCGAGUUCGUAGGGAAGCCUCGCCUGCCUCUGCCCGCCUUUCUCUCGUCUUCGAAGCAACGCGCGGUGGUCGCCCGGUGUCAUGUGGCUGCCCGGCUUAGUGCUGCUGCUGGGCUCCGCUUGUAGGAAGACGACUGCGGAGGACAGCCCCGUGGAUUUUCUCCCCCUUGAGCUUUCUUUGGGAAAAUUUAAGACGAUCUUGCUGAACAGAACCAUUCCAACAGAAACAGUGUUGAGAAAUAUUGCCAGCAAUGUGACAGUCGUUAUCUUUCAGAUCCACACCCAUCAGAAGAAUGUAACCAUUUCCUUUGAUAAGAAACCUUCUGCAAACAACUCAGGAACUGGUGUAGACCGAGGGUUGGUUUCUCUCCUUCGGCCUCAGCAGAAUGUGUGUACCUGGUAUUUGCGAGCUGUGGAUGCUGAUCAGGUGCCAAGCACGGCUGUGUCUCUCUCCUAUACUGAAAAAGAUCCAAUCCCUGGUGGCUGUAAUCUGGAGUUUGCCUUGGAAAUUGAUCCCAAUAUUUAUUUAGAGUAUAACUUAGCUGAGACGCACAUUAAAUUUGCCCCAGCAAAUCUUGGAUACCCCAGAGGAGCAAACCCACCCUCUUGUGAUUCUGGGACUGGCCAAGACACAAGGUGGAGACUGCACUAUGACAUCUAUCAGUAUUUCCUACCAGAGAACGAUCUGUCCGAAGCUGCUUUUGUGAGCCAUAUGAGGAAGAUGUCUGAGGUACAAGACGUUGUAGCAAAUGGCAUCAGAAUGAUGACCUUAAGUAGUGAAGACAAAACGGACCUGUACUUCUCAUCACUCCCUGGACAAGGAGUGAUUUACAAUGUCAUAGUGAGGGAUCCACUGUGGAACACAUCUGCAGCAUAUGUACCUAUUCACACAUAUGCCUGUAACCUGAAUGCUGUAGUUGAUAACUGCUCCUCUCUUAGAAGACUCUCCACCAAAGUCUUCUUUACCACGUUUGCCAUCCUUAGCCUCUUUGUCUGUUUCUUUGGACACCGUUUCUGGAAAACAGAUCUGUUCUUCAUGGGCUUCAUUUUCAUGGCCUUCUUUUUCUUUAUCACGAUUACCAGAACAGCUGAUCUCCCUUAUGACGUGGAUCUUGGGCUUACAGCACUCGCCGGAGUUGUUGGUGGUCUUCUCUUGGUAUUGUACUGGUGGCGAUUUGGCAUUGUGUACCUCUGUAUGUUGGUUAUAGGACUAGUGCUGGGCUUCCUUGUUGCAGCAACCGUGUUCUUCACUCCCUUGGGUGACUACAAGGUUUUCCAGGAUGAUGCUGUGUUCUGGGUGACAUUCUGUUGCCUUGCACUGAUGGUUCCGGUUGUUUUUGUUGGCUGGCCCAGAGUUCUGAACAUCUUGGCAUGUGGCAUCAUUGGAUCUUACACCGUAGUCUUGGCUGCUGCUUGCUACUUGUAUACCAGCCUCUCUUACAUUGGCAUAAACCUGCUCCGGCGGAUUCUCAAUUAUGACUUCAAAAGAGCUUACUCUAGUGUGCCCUUUCAGCCUAAUGACUUCAUCCUUUUGGCAGUCUGGGCCAUGCUGGCAAUUGGUGGAAUAACUAUGCAGCUACGCCGUGAGAGAUCUGAGGCGCCUUUCCCGCCGCACCCUUAUCAGCUAUGGAGGCGGGAGAGAGAUCGCAGAAUAACAAACAUCCUGGAUCCAAGUCAUCACGUCCCUCCCCUGAGAGAGAGGAUCUUUAGCAAGCUCUCCCAGAUUAAGGAUUUGUUCCACAAAGAGCAGCUGGCAGGGGAAAGAACACCGCUGCUUCUGUAGCCUGGUCGACCAUUGGAAAGAGACCGCGAAAAUGUGGAUGAAGAUUUUCAGGAGGCAUCCAGUGGCACUGAAAUCGUGGUUUUGCCUAGCUCGGUGAAGCUAAAAUGGGCCAGAUAAAGACCAACACUUCUACAGUCUGAGAAGUCCUGCAUUCUGUGCAGUAGCAUGCAGGCAUUUAACUGUGGCUAGCAAGGAUCAAGUACACAUAUGUGUAACCUGUGGAGGAGUGUGUGCAUGUGGAGGGGGGCAUUGGAUGGGGAAAGAAUUCAGUGGUGAAGUGUGCAACUUUAAAAUUUCAAAUCUCUGAGAGAUGGUUACUUCAAGCACAUGCUCAGUUAAUUCUUCCCUUUCCUUUGAACACUGUACGGAAUGCCAUCCUUGAGGAUGGUUUGAGUUCUAAAAGUGAAAAGGUAACCAAACAUUGAUGAUGUUGGCACUGUUACAGCUAUUCAGUAUGGGUACAAAACCUGCAUCAUUCCUCCUGGCUGAUGACCUCUGUCAAGCUUUUACUUGUAUUCACUUCCUGUGUGUGGAAGAUGAGCAGUUCUGAUUGUAAAAUUUUGGAAGGGGAGACACUUCAUUCUCUAAGCAGAGUGUUAAUUGGGUCUUGCCAGGUAUGAUAGACUAAGUUGGCAGCUGCAAAGGCUGAGAAAAAUAGUUGUGAGCUCUGAAGUGAAAGUCCUUUCUUGGGAAGGAAAACUUUUGGAAUCCAGAAAUGGAUAGAUUUGGCAGCUGUUCUUGUGGAUAUUUUAACUGCAGUUCUAAGUUGCUUGAGAGUACUAUUCUUGGCCACAAUAUUAAUUGUCACUUUGUUUCUUCUGCUUUUAUAUUUGAAAAGAUUAAAUGUAUUUGCAGGCAUCCAGGGUACUUUUGUUCAGAGGCCAUAAUGGAUACCUUGCAAAGGAGACAGACUGCCCUUGGCCAGGAUAUUGCUGCCAGUCUCAGACACGGAGGAGCCUUCCCUAAGUGUCCAAAUGUGUCCUUCUGACUUGCAUUAAGGUGAGCAGAAAGCAGAAGCUGGCUUUGUCUGAAUGUGGCAGAUUGUACACACUUGCUGCGAACUUGAGGGAGUAGUGGAGGCUGACUUAACAGCUGCCUGUGAGACCAGUAUGCAAAGGCAGGUGUGGUGGGUAGGAUAGAAAGGGAGGCCAUCCCCAAUAUAAAGCCACCUAGGUUAGGACAUUGCUUGUCACUCAAAGCAAUCCUCAGAUUUAAACCACGUUCUUGGAACCUGUGUGGUUGUGGGAGAGGAAGCUUCUUAAUAUGGGAAUUUGCAAUGCCUCCCCAUUUAUGCGGACUGGAGGGUGGGGUGCCUUCAGCAAGCAGAAUUGAAAUUUCAGGAAGUUCCUUUUCUGUGUUUCAGUAGUAGAUGCUGUGCCUUUCAAAUCUAUCAACUCUUCAACAAGUGCAGGAGAAUCAUUCCCUGUAGUAUGCACCACUCUGUUUGUAAUAUACAUCCCAGACAAGAAGUACUAGCAACACUCCCCUCUUUCUCCCUUUUUUGGUCAAAUACAAGCCUUCCUCAUUGAGUUCACCAUGGAGGCUGUGUGUCCCUGUUGAUACUUUCUUGGACUGGUGACUUUGUUGCUUUAUAUUUGAAGCAGUAGAAAAGAGCAUGAGUCCAGUAGCACCUUAAAUAAGACUAACAAA